AAUUAGUUUGUGAUUUUUUGGAAACAAAAUAAGGAAAAGUGAUAAUAUUCUGGUGUUUUAGGGCAGCCUAUCGGUAAGAUCCACCUACAGCCUAACGCCGUCUCAUCUCUAACCCGUCCUGCUAUCAAGACGGUCCUCUGUCGCGCGCACGGAGCAAACAUGAGUGUUUAGAGGAGCUGUGUGACCCACCAGCGCAAGCAAGGACAUUGCCUUUCGCAGUGGUUACACCACUCGGCAGGGCGUGAAUUCUGAACCUUAUUUACCGAGACUGUUGCAUCUGCUUCUGCUGUCCAGCUGCUGUUCGUUCUACAUGACCAGCCCUGAGGUGCAUCGGGGCCUUUCGUUACGUCGCAGCACGGCCGAACCGUUUUCGGUUGUCCCUGGUUGGUUUCGAUGUGAUUGUUUGCAACACCGUUUCUAACGUCCUCCACAACCCAUUGUCCUCAGCAGUGUGUCACAUUUCACGCUCGGUUGAAAAGAUCCCGCUUCAGUCAUCUGGUGCCCUCGGGUUCACAAGGCACGACCGACCUGUGAACCACCUUACCUGCAGCUGGCCUGCACACGGUGAAAGCAAUGAGCACCAGCUUUGCUCCGGAAAUACCGUACUCGAACGAUGGAGCCAACAACCACGCAAAGUCGACGAACGCAACUAACAACAAUAACAAUGGAUCGUGCGUCAGCGCCAUCGACGACGAGGAUGGUCAGGGUCGGGCGGAGCAGGGCGAGGACCGGUACGCAUUCGCCUGCGACGAUCCGCCGUCGGACACAGUAACGAAGGCGGCGAUGAACGGGGCCACCUCGGACAGCCUGGAAGACCUGGAGGACGUUUACAAAACGUGCAACAGCCAGUCGGUGGUCGAGUGGAUCAACGAUGACGACGAGUUGGAGCGUUUGGACCUACCGACGAUGCCGCUCGACCCAACCAAUACCGUGUUCAAUCGGGUGGACAGCUCGGACAUUAUCUACCAGGAGAAGAAGAAAAAGUGCAAGCUUGUCGGCAAGUACGUCAUGGGGGAUGUGCUCGGUGAGGGAAGCUACGGCAAGGUAAAAGAGGUGCUCGAUUCCGAAACGCUUAGUCGACUGGCAGUGAAGAUACUAACCAAAAGGAAACUACGACGCAUUCCAAACGGUGAGCAAAAUGUUCGGCGGGAAAUCAAACUGCUCCGCACGCUCCAGCACCGGAACGUGAUCGAGCUGCUGGACGUGCUGUACAACGAGCAGAAGCAGAAGAUGUAUCUCAUCAUGGAGUACUGUGUCGGUGGGCUGCAGGAGAUGCUCGAUUCGGUUCCGCAGAAACGGCUGCCGAUACACCAGGCGCACGGCUACUUCGUGCAGCUGCUGGACGGGCUGGAGUAUCUGCACGGCCGGGGGAUCAUCCACAAGGACAUCAAGCCGGGCAAUUUGUUGCUGACACUCGAUCAUACGCUUAAAAUAUCGGACUUUGGUGUAGCCGAAGCGCUGGAUACAUUUGCACCGACGGACGAAUGCACGACCGGCCAAGGAUCACCUGCCUUCCAGCCGCCGGAGAUUGCGAACGGACAUGAGGUAUUCUCAGGAUUUAAAGUCGAUAUCUGGAGCACGGGCGUAACACUAUACAAUAUAACAACCGGACUGUAUCCUUUCGAAGGUGAUAAUAUUUAUAAACUAUUAGAAAACAUAGGUAAAUGUGAGUGGACGCCGCCCGACUGGCUGGAACCACGGUUGGCCGAUUUGCUGGUGAACAUUCUUCGGGCGGAUCCGUCGCAACGUUUCACGUUACAGCAGAUCCGGGCUCAUGAAUGGUUCCAGUUCGCACCGGAUGCCACCAGUCCACUCGUCCCGAUACCACCGUUAAAAGGCGAUUGGCAGAGAUGUUCCACAGUGUUGCCUUACUUGAUCGCGCAUCACUACGAGAGUGAUCGUGACAUGCCGCCAGUGUACUACACGGAACACGAUAUUAAUGAAGAGAUGGCCCGACAACGGUACGACCCACAGGAAGGCCUUUACGAUCGCCACUACCUUGCCCCGACGCUGGAUUCGCUCUCGUUUCACUCGGAAGACGAUCAAUCGAGGUAUGGUGGUGGUGGUGGUGCCAGCGGCUACCCACCGCACACCAGCAGCACCAGUGGCCGUACGGUGACCGAAAAGCGCCCCUCGAGAAGCUUUUCCCUUUCGCCGAAGGCAAGCCUGAAGCACGCGGUCGGCAGUUGCCCUGCCAGCACCGGAAAUAGCGGCACCAAGCGGCGAUCGCGCAAGACCGUCUCGUGCAUAUCGUGGCGAAAAUGGCCUCAUUGCCGUCAGUCGUGAAUUGUCGUUGUGUACAGCAGUAGGAACAGGAACUGGCAAACAGAAAAAGAAAAAAGAAACGAGCUAAUCAAGUUGCGCGUGGAAUUCAUUACUCAGGUUUCCGUAAGCACUCGCUGCCGACGAGCUGCCAAGCAAGCACAUUCAUUAGGAAGUAACCCCUUGUACAGAGACGUGGGCUCACUUUGAAGUCGAAACGGUCGAUUUUGUUUUCUUUCGGUUUUAAUUGUUUCGUUCUGUUUUAAAAUUUGCGAGACGCGUUGACGAACACUGAACGUAAACGAACCGCUGUGUUCCGAUUUGGCUUGUGUCCUUGGAUAGUAGAUAAUUAGGGAAAUAUUAUUUUAUUCACUCACCCUCUAUUUUGAUGCAUUAUAACCAUUUUGUUUUUGUUUUGUUUGUUUGUUGCCCUCACAAGCCACUUGAUCAGUUGGUUCACGACCGGUCUUUUCGGUUUCGUAACAUGCCAAGUUGAUAAUAAAUACCUAUACCCUUCGACUCCACUAGAAACAAGCCUAUGCGUGCAAAACAAACCACCUAUCUACAUUAGUCAGACACACCAAAAUUACAUUUACAUUCAGUUAGUGAAAUGAGGGAAAAGCACUCGCUACGCUAAGGACGAGCCACUAGUGCAGCCACUGAAGCAAACACCCGGAUCGAUCCGGCCUUAGACAAUUUCCAUUCGGUAAGCUGAACCGCGCUAGAUUGGAGAACGAAUAUUCCAUACGCUUUUUUUGCAACUGCUGACCACGCUUGUUCGCUAGAUUAACUAGAAUAGCUUCACUAUCCGCGCCUGGUCGUUUGUCCUCGCAGACAAUGCCAAUGUUAGCGGUGUCCCAGGCAAUGCUUGUCGAUGUCGAAAGGAGAGAAACAGGAAACACAAUGGCGCAUACUCAUAUAGUUGUCCUAGUCACGUUGCUAGGGCGGGGAGAGCAACUCGAUCGUCGAUCGGAUGCAAUAUCCGGCAGUGUGUUUUCUUAUGCGCUUGGAGUUCGAACACCAUUACACCACGAUUUGAACGGAUGCGAUCCCGCCCAGGAAAUGGUCUUCUAGGCAUUUUACCAGAAACAAAAAAUCAAAAAGGAAUAACGUUCAUCCACACCUGGUGGGGUUGUUGGUCAAAACCGCACGACACGCCGUUCGCUCGGUCGGCGUUGUUGUUGCCGUUGUGAGAAUCUGCACGGUCACACGGCAUCAAUCAGUCUUCCUCUUGCCAUAACACGGUAGUCAUGCGACGGCUAGUAAUCAUGAUCAUAGGACUACGUACACACCUGAGCAAAUGUAUAAAGGUGGAUGGCUUUAACGAAUCAAAUCAAGUACCCACAACCCGCUAGGCCCGAUAGGCACGUGUUAGAUUCGCGCGGCGGUACACAUUAUUGAAGACAUGCAGUGUUUAUCGUAUACAUAUAUAUACUACAGAUUGUAUAGGCAAGCAAAACAUGGGCAGAUUGUGAGUUUUAGUAAUUUAGAAGAGAAAACAUUAAACGGGGUGGUGUAACAUUAACACAAUUGAAAGAAGCGGGACGUAGUAGUAAAACGCUAAAGGGGUAUAAAAUGCAACCGUUGUUAGCGCUAAGCAUGGUUAAGUGAGUGGAGAAAAAGAGAUAGAAAUACAUAAUUUUGUAAUUUAUGGAACCAGAAAACAAGUCACGCUAAAAUAAAAUCAAUUGUUCGUGUA